AGCUAUGUUAUGUGGAAACUCAUGCCGUUUUCCUCACGAUGCCUUUUCCUCUGCAGCAAUCCCACAUAUAUCUUGAAUCUAACUCCUUGAAAUAGGCAAGAUCUUCUCCACCAGUCUAACAUCCUUCUUCCUCACAUCCUAGGCACAAUGACGGAAGGCAAGUGCACGUUCGGCACGCGGAUGCCCAUUGACAUCCACAUGCUGAAUGAGAUCAUCUACAGAGAAGUGAAGAACUUCAGGAACUAUAAGAUUUACAGGCCUAACUUCGGAUCAAUCCCGGUGACCGGCAAAUUCUACGCAUACCACGAUCAGAUGACAGCUGAGAGUGAGGAGCAAACGGAGAAGGUAGCUGAUUACCACAAGAAUGUGGCGCAGACCAGAGCCAUGGGGCCGCGCAGCAAGUAUGAUGCGCCGGCUACUGAGAACCAAGUUUACGGCUGGUACGACCCACUAAUUCCUCUAGACCGAAGCGACAACCGAUUCUACUAUCCCCAGCAAGAAAGCAAGCAGACCAAGAUUGAAAUCGUUAUACUUAUGUCUAACCCUAAGAAUAAGAAGAAUGAAUGAUCAUAAGGUGCCUUCAAUUAUGUCGAGCGAGGAAAACUGAAAAGCCGAUCAAAAUGCCGUCAUUAUACGCUACAAUAAUUCAUUAUGGUCUCCCGAGCCUUUUCCCAACUAUGUUGGGGUCGGCUUCCAGUCUACCAGCAGCUGAGUACCAGUGUUUGACAAGGAGCGACUACCUAUUCAGAUAGAUAGGAGUUCAGCCUCCUCAACCCAGUUGUUACCCGGGCAAUGAAAUAAAAUAAUCGAUUGAAAUAUCAUGUACUGUUCUUCUGUUGAAAGCACCUGAAAAUCUAUGCUAACACCCUCGUGUCCUGAAGAAAGUACUUGCCUAUAAUAGAUAAGGGCUAUAUAGUCUAUAUAUUGUACUAAUGUAUAGGUACCUAAGCUAUAUUAUAUCACAGAAAACUAUCAUUAAAAGCCGUUUAGCAGUUUGUGUGAAUGAAAAAAAAACACAUCACACACUAAGGCGAUUAUCACACU